UGAACCUGAAAUGCAUGGGCUUGUACCCAAUCCCGCCCGGUAAUGCGUUCGCAACUCCCUAGACCGGAUUCGAGUCAGAGUGAGUCAAAUCGACCGUGUACAGAUCGAAACGGUACUGAACGAACAGUUGCUCCGAGUCGGUCGAUAGUGAAUGGUAUGGUCGGUUUGAAUCUAAAUUCGGCGUCGUGGAAAAAAUUAAAAUAUAGCACACUUUUCCCACAAUUUUCAAAAAAAAAUUUUGUUUGUGACAGUGGAUAGUCUCCGGAUUGUGGUACGAGAAUUUAACUGGAAAAUAAAAAGACAAUCAGUGCAGAGUGUUGUGUGAAACAAUACGUUAUCAACAUUAGAUUGAAAUUAAGAUGAAUGACGCAGCAGCCCUAGCUGGAAUGAUCCCUUACGACUCAAUUGGGCUUUAUGAGCAGCCCAAACCUCGAUUUAUUUUCAAAAUGCCACGCGUUGUCCCUGAUCAAAAAUCCAAAUUUGAAAGUGAUGAAUUGUUUCGUAGAUUGAGCCGCGAAAGUGAGGUUCGCUAUACUGGCUACAGGGAACGAGCAUUAGAAGAACGACAAAUACGAUUCCAAAACGGCUGCCGGGAAGGACAUACGGAAAUCUCUUUCGUUGCGUCCGGCACGAAUCUGCAAUUAGUUUUCAAUGCCAAUCAAAGUCCAUAUAUUCCGGAAAAAGAGUGCGACUUCGAAAAGGAGCAUGGGAAGGUCCACAUAAAAUCCCACUUCAUCAUGAAUGGAGUUUGUGUUCGCUUCCGUGGAUGGCUAGAUUUGGAACGCUUAGAUGGGGUUGGCUGCUUAGAGUAUGACGAGCGCCGAGCCCUCCAUGAAGAUGCUAUCCUACGUGAACAGAUUGAUCGCUAUAAUCAAAGACUUCGAGAAUUCGAGGAUACAAAGCGAGCAUACCGUGAUAAUCGACAAGAAGAAAUGGAAGCAGUACGUCGAGGAGUGGCAACAGGUGGUAUUGGGGUUGGUGUCGGUGGAGGAAUGUGGCGUCGGUAAUUAUUUUAUUGAUUGUUGUGAUUUAGAUGUAGUGAGAUAAGGGAAAACGAAAAAAAUGUGUAUUCUAUUUAUGAAAUGAAAUUGGAAAUGAUUAUGUGAAGAGCAUUCAAAAUGUAGUUUGAUCAAUUUUAUGUCAGAAUUCAAAUGAAGGUCUUGUCCAUAGCCUAAAUUAAUAGGCUUUUCUUUCGCUCAAAAAUGUCUUACAGAAACGAGUUUUGAGGAAUUGCUAAAGGAAAAAUAAAUAUAGCAAGUGAAUAUAUAUUCGCUACUCCGGAACAUAUGUGUUGCUGCUUGCGAAUGUAUUUCCUCUCUAUUACUUGCGCUAUCUAAGGAUAAUCCUUCAAUAUUCAUUUAUUUUGCUCGUGUUAAUUCCGCCAAUUGAUUCAAAAAUUAUCCACCAAAACUGACUAGAUUCUAUCGAAACUCCAAAAUAUUAAACAUUUUGUGGCCAAAACAAUUCAAUAACAACAGCAAUUAUAGAUUUUUUUUCGAAAAUCAAAUGGAAUCAAUAAACGAUGUAUCUAACUGCGUUUCUAAAAAAUUGAAUUUCAACCUUUGAGAUAACCCUAAGAAUUACUUUUUCAUACUUAAGAAUCGUACCCUUAUAACUAAUAUAUACAUUCGUAGUUUUUACUUAUUUUGUUAAUUCGUUUUAGUGCAAUUAUUUUUAUUGAAAUCAACGAUAUUAUUUUAUUUUAUAAGAAAAUAAAAGCAUGAAAAAAUUAAUUGAUUCUGUGAAUGAAAUAAAGCAAAAAUAUUGAAAAGAA